UCUAGGACAGCUGGUCUCUAUGAGAAGGAUACUGCAGGUCCUGGUGCUGCUCUCCUGUCUGGGUGACGGACAUCCAGUCCCAGGCUGCAGCCUCCAGGGAUGGGAGAGUGAGUCCUUCACCCAACCUGGAGAUUUGUUGAUUGGAGGAGUCUUUGUGGUACACUCUGGAUUUGUGAACCCGGAGCUGACGUUUCAGGAGCGCCCACGGCUUCUUUCGUGUGAGGGGUUCCAUGUACGGUAUUAUAGGGACGUUCUUGGUCUGAUGUUCGCGAUAGAUGAAAUUAACAAGUCUCCGGACCUGCUGCCCAAUAUCACCCUGGGGUUCAGUCUUUUUGACUCGUGUAUGUCUGAGCUCCGAGCCAUCUGGGGGGCCCUGUCCAUGGUGUCAGGGACUAGAAGCCCCGUCCCUCGAUACAACUGCCACAGCCCUUCUCUUAUGGUCGGUAUUGUUGGGGAAUUGGUAUCCGCCUUAUCGCUUCCAAUCGCCCGAAUUCUCAGCGUUCUCCAUUUUCCACAGAUAAGCCAUGGAGCCACGCUGUCGGCUUUGAGCAACAAGAAGGUUUUUCCAUCGUUCCUUCGCACUGUCCCCAGUAAUAUGUUUCAAAACAUUGCCCUUACUCAACUCAUCAGCCGCUUUGGUUGGAUGUGGUUAGGGAUGUUGGUUGUCGAUAACGACGUCGGGGAGCAAGGAGGUCAAGUCAUCCGAGCAGGGAUAGAGAAAAGCGGGAGCUGUGUGGCAUUUCUCGAGAAGAUUCAUUUGAGCUACUCCAUGAGACAGAUCCAGAGAGUGGUGGACGUCAUCGAAGCAAGUUCUGUGAAGGUCAUUGUCCUCCACAGCCCUGAAGUUCAUGUUAAAGCUCUGCUGGACGCCUUAUACGACAGAGAGGUGACUGGGAAGGUAUUCAUUUCUUCUGCUUCUUUUGGGAUAACUCCUGGUUUAUUCUCCAAAAAGGCUUGGAGUGUCUUGAACGGGACCAUUGGGUUGAUUCCUAAGACAGGAAAAAUGCCAGGAUUUGAAGAGUUCCUCUACAGGUUACAUCCAUUCGAUUCCUCCAAAUACCCUUUCAUGGGGCUUUUCUGGGAGAAAGCUUUCAGCUGCCAAUGGCCAACCGAGGGUAAAACGCAAGGAUCGCCUAUUCAAGUUACAGCGCAGGAGCUGUGUACAGGGAAUGAAACACUUGGUGAAAUGAUGUCAUCAUUAUUUGAGAUCAAUGACCUCAGCUACACAUACCAUGCCUACCUAGCUGUAUAUGCAUAUGCCCACUCAAUGCAUGCCCUACUCGAGUGUCAAACAGUGAGAGGACUCUUACAGAACAGGACGUGCGGGACGGUGAAUUCAAUACAACCAUGGCAGAUCCUUCAGUACCUCAAGAAAACUCCUUUCCGAGCCAAGACGGGCGAAGUCUUUACAUUUAAUGCAGACGGGGACAUCCCCGCAUCGUACGACAUUAUGAACAUUCAGAUUCUGGACGAUCAUUUUAACCUGGUAAACGUCGGGAGAUUCGACCCGGAAGCCAGGCAGGAGGACAAAAUCACCAUAAAUCAAAGUGCGAUCCUCUGGGGUGAUCGGUUCUCACACGUUCCGCUCUCUGCGUGCAGUAACAGCUGCCAGCCCGGGUACCGGAGGUCUGCUCGGCGGGGGGAACCUAUCUGCUGCUUCGAUUGCGUGCCAUGCUCCACAGGUGAGAUGGCCAACCAGUCAGAUUCAUCCGAGUGCUAUAAAUGCCCUGACAAUCAGUGGCCUAAUGAGAUGAGAGACAGCUGUGUACCAAAGGUAAUAGAAUUCCUCUCAUACCAGGAGCCAUUAGGCAUUAUAUUGGUGACCAUGGUGACCAUCUUCUCAUGCCUGACCUUCUGUAUAUUGUUUAUCUUUAUUAAACACCGGGAAACUCCAGUAAUUAAAGCCACCAAUAGGGAGCUGAGCUAUGUCCUCCUGGUGUCUCUCAUGUUCUGCUUCCUCUGUUGCCUACUGUUCAUUGGUCGUCCAUCCACUUUUUCAUGUCUCCUGCGCCAAAUCUGCUUCAGUAUUGUGUUCUCCAUCAGCAUCUCCUCCGUUCUGGCUAAGACUAUCAUGGUGAUACUUGCAUUUAAAGCCACCAACCCAAACAGCCCCUUGAGGAAAUGGUUAGGACCAAAGAUACCCCGUAAUGUGGUAGGACUUUGCUCUGUGAUGCAGACUGGAAUCUGCUCAGCUUGGCUUCUCGUGUCUCCUCCGUUUCCGAGGAUGAACACAGAGUCUGUAAGCCAUAAAAUGAUAUUUGAAUGUGAUGAAGGACAUAACCUCUUCUUUUACAUGGCAAUGGGGUUCAUGGGCCUCCUAGCAAUGGUCAGCUUCGUGGUCGCCUUCCUGGCGCGAAACCUGCCUGGUAACUUCAACGAGGCCAAGCUCAUCACAUUCAGCAUGUUGGUCUUCAGCAGCGUCUGGGUGUCAUUCAUUCCUGCCUAUCUGAGCACCAGGGGCAAAUACACAGUGGCCGUGCAGAUAUUCGCCAUCCUGGCAUCCAGCGCAGGACUUCUGAGCUGUAUCUUCAUCCCCAAAUGCUACAUUUUACUGGCGAGACCAGAGAGGAAUAACAGAGAAAAGUUCACGAGCAACAGAACGUCAAGACAUAUUGGACAAUAGAGAUCUUCCAAUCUAGAAAGACAUCUUGGCUACAGGCUCUA